UCAAAUGUGACACAAAUAUAGAGGUGCCUUAUUUUGGUAGGGCUGAGGCGUCAAGGCUCUUCAGCGAGGGGUGGUAGCGCGACAGGCAGAGAUGAGAGUGGGAGGUCCUCCGUGGCGUGACGUCGCGAUUGGCCCGGUGCCUUUUUCUUCAGCAGGGUCUCCAUACCUCUCUCUCUCCCUCUGUGAUCAGUGGGUGAGAGGGGGGAGACGAGCAACACACAGCGGAGAAUCCGGGUGUGCGCCUCCGUCAUCAUCAUUAUCAUCAUCCUGCUUGCCAUCGUCCCUUCCAUCACAGCGCCAGUUCUGGAACAGCCCACUUCGGUCCUGGAGACGCCCGAGUCUGCAGCAGCAGCAGCAGCAGCAACAGCAGCAACAGCAGCAGCGCGAUCUGCGUUUUUUUUUCCCCCAGCCUUUUAUCUGAAUGACGGGCGGAAGGUUUGACUUCGACGACGGUGGCACUUACUGCGGGGGGUGGGAGGAUGGCAAAGCCCACGGGCACGGCAUUUGCACCGGACCCAAGGGCCAGGGCGAAUACGCCGGGUCCUGGUCGCACGGCUUCGAGAUCGUAGGGGUUUACACCUGGCCAAGCGGGAAUACCUACAAGGGCUACUGGUCCCAGGGGAAGCGGCACGGGCUCGGCGUGGAGAAUAAAGGCAGGUGGAUCUAUCGAGGAGAGUGGAGUCACGGCUUUAAGGGUCGCUACGGGGUCCGGCAAAGCCACAACACACCUGCCAGAUACGAGGGGACCUGGAGCAACGGGCUGCAGGAUGGAUAUGGGGUCGAAACGUACGGCGAUGGCGGAACCUAUCAAGGCCAAUGGAUGGGUGGGAUGCGUCACGGUUAUGGCGUCCGUCAGAGUGUUCCCUACGGCAUGGCCACCGUCAUCCGUUCCCCGCUUCGUACGUCCAUGGCCUCCCUGCGCUCUGAGCAGAGCAACGGUGCAGUCCUCCACGACCUCUCCUCCCCUGUGGACACGCCGACGGGCACUCGCGGUGGUUUCGUCCUCAACUUCCACUCAGACAGCGAGGUCGUCACCGGCAAGAAGAAGGGCCUGUUCCGCCGGGGUUCGCUUUUCGGCAGCCUUAGGCAGUUGCGCAAGUCUGACUCUCGGACCUCUAUCUCCAGCAAACGCAGCUCCGCAAGGAGCGAUGCCACCAUGAGCCGAAUCAGUUCCAGCGACGCCAACUCCACCAUAUCAAUCGGUGAUGGCGAGCUGCCAGACGAGGACCUACCUCUGGAGGACCACGUGGACGCGACCACGACUGAGACCUACAUGGGGGAGUGGAAGAAUGACAAGCGUAACGGAUUUGGUGUUUCAGAGAGAUCCAACGGGAUGAAAUAUGAAGGAGAGUGGCUUAACAACAAGCGCCAUGGCUAUGGGUGCACUGUUUUCCCAGACAGCACCAAAGAAGAAGGGAAGUACAAAAAUAAUGUGCUGGUGCGUGGAAUAAGAAAGCAGUUGAUUCCUCUUAAGAAUCCCAAAACCAAAGAGAAGGUAGAUCGUGCUGUGGAGGGGGCACAGCGGGCUGCAGCCAUUGCGAGGAGUAAGGUGGAAAUAGCCGCUUCCAGGACGGCCCAUGCCAGGACAAAAAGCGAGGCAGCAGAACAAGCCUCCAUCUCUGCCGUGCAUGAGUCGGAAAUUGCCAGGACGGUUGCCAGGGAGCUCUCCCCCAACUUUUACCAGCCAGGACCAGACUACAUAAAACAACAGUCAAAAGAGCCAGUGGAAAUUAAAGAGGUCCCUGUUGAAAAGAAGGAAGAAUCCCCACAUGAUUCUCCUCACUUUUACCGCAAAGGCACAACUCCACCCCAUUCUCCUGUCGCUAGCCCUGCAGCCACUCCUCCCCCCUCACCUGACAUUAAGAAGAAGACUGGCCAGAUUGGCAACAGCAUCAGCCACAAACCGAGCAAAGAGGAAAAACCAUCCCGCAAGAUAAGCAAAGAAGAGAAGUCCAGUUAUAAGGCCAGCAAGGACGAGCGAUCUAGCAGGAAGCUAAGUAAAGAAGAGAGGCUAUCCUUCACCGAUGGGCCCAAGACUUCUCAUGCACACAUUGAGGCUCCUCCUAAACCAACUAAAGUUCAGCAACCGGCCCCAGCAACCGCUCCUCCUGUGCAGCCUCCUACCGUUCCAGUCAAUGGCCAGCUCCACUCUGAAUAUCACAGCUACUACGUUAAAGCCACUCCACGGGGCCCUCCACCUCCUGAGCCUGAGGAAGUGGAAGAAGAGCCCAGUGCCCUAGCUCUGGCACGUCUGCCCCCGCAACCUAAGUCUUUCAGCACCCCUACCCCUACUCCUAAGCCACCUUCAUUUCGGGACAGCAAGAGCGACCCAAAACUCAGGAAGCAAGAUUCCCUAAAACCAAAGAGCCUUGCAGACACAAAGAAAGCAAGCAUGGAAAUUGCAGAAAGCACAGAAGAAACAGGUCCUAACUCAAUCCUUGUUGCUAUGGUAAUGCUGUUGAAUAUUGGCCUUGCAAUUAUAUUUGUCCACUUUCUGACAUGAUGAUAUUGUUUCUAUGUGAAACCAUGGCAACUGGUACAGUUGCAUUGCCGGCCUUGAAAAGUGAAAAUGGCGCCAGUGAGAAACGGGGGCGGCCGGAGGUGUUUAGGAAUCAGCAUGACACCGAAGAGAAUGAGGAGAGAGGCAUCACUACUAUCAACCUGUCUUUGGCCCUCUUUAGGGCCAACCCUGUCAAUUAGCACUCCUUUGGCUUCUGUAUAAGCAGAAGUGAAAUGUUAUGUCUAGUGAGUUGAAAAAAAAAAAAAAAAAACGAAGAAAAAUAAAAAAAAAGUGAAAACGCAACCAAACGUACAAAGUAUGAAAAAAGAAGUUCUUGAAACCUACAUGUGUGCUGACCCAAGCUCAGGUCUCUGUAGCCCACUCUCACUGCCUUGGCAGAGAUAGCAGUGGGCUGACGGACCUUGCUGGAGGAGUGCGGAGAUGCACUUUUAGUUGACGGGAGCAAACAGCUGCCUUUCUAUUUUGCCAUCUGACGUUUUGAUGGGGAGAUGUGAGCCCAGCCCCAGGGCGUCCAAGAGAGCGAUAGUGAGAGAGAGAGAGUGAGAGAGAGAGAGAGAGAGAGAGAGAGAGAGAGACAGGGGGAGGACAGAGGGGGCGAUGGUGUUGGUGGAUGGGGCUAGGGACUUGGGUGUUUGGAUGGUUUUACUGGGGUUCAAGCCACUCUUGCAAGAGCAAACCGCGCACGACCGUUGCCAGCAGUCAGUGCUUGCACGGUCACUAGCCAGUCUUACUCUGUUAAUCCAAACAUCCCUGCAGCUUUCUCAAGCUCCGUCCAUUGUAAUCCAGGAUACACUGCUUUUGAAACACUCCCCGUGCAUGGUACAGUUUUAAAUUUGUUUGUUUGUUGUUCUUAUGUAGCUUUUUGUUCACUGUUGUCCUCCAACUGUUGGUUACCUGCAUUCUUAUGCUUGUAGAAACUUUGUCAGAGAAUGAGUAAAAUAAUUGUUUUGUUUUUUUCCCGUUUUAUUUAAAUUUUACUCAUUUCUACCAAUUGAGCUGUAAUUUGACAUUACACAUCCAUGUUUCUGAAAGUGCAAUAUGUUUAUUUAUUUUUUGUCAAAGGCUUAUAAUCUAUUUUGCCAGAGAUAGUGUUCUGCUAUUCUAAUUUAAAAAAUCAGUUUUUAUUUGUCGAACACAGGUGAUUUGAAUAGCCUGUUUUUUUUUGUUUUGUUUUGUUUUGUUUUUUUAAUACGGCGUUCACCAAUGGUAGGAAUUGUGACGACGAACUUGGUUUAUUCUUGAAAAGGCAGAUAGCUCUGUGAGAGUGAAGUAACAAAUGUCUUAUAUUAUUUAUGAAAUGAGAAGAGAAAAGAAUAUAUUUUAUUGUACAUGCCUACACCCUUCCCGCUUUAAUGAAGUCCGUUAUUCGCUUUGACUGUUUCACGCCACAACUGAGAUGCAAAACCACAGCUUCCCAAAGCUGCUGGAGUUUAAAAAAAAAAAAAAAAAAAAAAGGCCCAGCCGUGCAUGUGUAUGAGACUGGAUUUUGUGGACAGUGGAACUUUAUUCAGGUUUAGACCAUGGGGAAUGUGGAUCCAGGGAGAAGAAGAUAUGCCUUUAGAAGUCUUUAACAGUGCUACUGUUUACCUCAAAAGAGAUGAGGAAGGGAGGGAAGGGAAAUAGAUGCCAUCCUUGUCUUAACUCUUGUACGGGGGUCGCGGCGGGGGAGGGGGGGGAGAUGUUUUGACUGUUGUCGUCACCUGAACCAUGCUUUUGACUUGCUUCAUCCUAGCUGCUUGUAGUCUUUGUUGCGGGUAUGGCAUGAGUUUCUUUGAUUUCCAAAGUGGUUAUUUAUAUGGUGGACGUUUUACUGUCACCUCUACCAAGAUGGAAUAUUUAUUCAUUGUACAACUGAUGUGUUUGUUAAAACAUUGGUCAUCACCAAAAAAUAAAUAAAUAAGUAAAAAGGGCUU